UAAUAAUUAAUCAGAAAAAAAGAAAAGGGUAGCCACCUCGCGGCCUUUGGAGGAGGAAGCCGGGUGCUUGGGAUGGGGCGUCCGGCGGCGGUGAAGGCGUGGCGGAUCAUCCCGCGGCCGAUCCUGGAGAGCGUGCUCAACAAUCACGCGCAGCACCACCGCGUGCCGAAGCCCAUCCUCCUCCUCCACGGGCCCCGCGGCGUCGGCAAGACCUCCCUUCUCCUCCACCGCCUCCUCCCCGACUGGAACAACGGCCCCCACCUCUCCGCCUACGUCGACUUCGCCUCCGACGAUGCCGCUUCGGCACUCUCCUCCUAUCCCGCCACUACCUCCACCCCCUGGUGGUCCGCCUCCUCCUCCUCACCGCCGCGGCCCCUCGGCCCCCUGUGUGCCAGUCUGGAGCGCGAGCUGGAGAGCCUGGUGGACCGCGGGGUCCACCUCGGUGCCAUCGGCAGCAGGGACGUCUUCGCCGCCCUCGACAGGUGGCACGGCCUACACGCCGCCCUCCGCCGCGUCAUCGGCCCUGGCCUUCGCCUCUCCUCCCGGCGGGACGAGUCCGCGGCCGCUCUCUGGGCCAAGGCCGUUCUCGCGUUCUCGGCGAGGAUCGGCCCAGGGGAGAUCGAUGUCGCGGCGUCUGGUGGUGGAGGGUCGCUCCGGAGGAGGUACUCAAUGGAAGAGGUGGCGUACGUGAGGGAGGCGAUGGUGGCGCUAAGGCUGGCCAAGGAGGUGAUCGGGAUGCAUCAGGAGUGGAGGAGGGAGGCGGUGCGCCAUCUCAACCGCACCGGAGGCUUCUCCAGGCCUCUCGCGAACUCCGCCACUGCUUGGCCCUGCCUUCUCCUCGAGAUCCUUUCCGAGGCUGCACAGGUCGACUUCUUCCAGCCAAAGCUGGUUAUAAACAACAUUGAUGGGCUUCGAAAGGCCACGUCGACAGAAGAUGAUUCAACUGUGUCUGCCGCGAUGUACCACGACAGCUUCAUAUGGAGAUUGAUAGCCCUUGGUGUGAAUGAGGGAUGCUUGCCCGUCAUUCUUGUGACAUCAGAUAGUUACUAUUCCUAUCAAGCAUUCAUCGAUUUUGGAUUUCCAGACAUAUUUAUCUCACGUGAGACCUUUGGAUGGAGGCCUCAGGAAGCUAAGCUGCACAUGGUUUCAGAUUUCUUCAGUGAGCCUGAGUGGAAAGUGAUUGAUGAAGUUCUUGGCCCAAAUCCACGACAUCUUUCUGAACUGUAUGCACUUAAGGGAAGCACCCAUUACCAGGAUCUCAUGCAGAAUAGCAGAAGCAGUUUUGAGGACAUUGUUGAUGCCUACUUGGCAUAUUUACAGGUGACUGUGGUGAACCCAGCCAUGGAAUCAGCAUUAGUUAUCCUGCAAAAAUUUUCCUCUGAUGCACGUGCCAGGAAAAUUCCAGAGACUCGAUUGUUUUUUGGUGCUCCUUGGAGGCAUCCACCUCGUACUGAUGAUCCCGUUGCAUCCUUGAAGUGGGCAAAGGUUCAACUUAUGGACUUUGUCCAAUCUUUUGUGAAUGCUGAAUUUGGGGUGAAUUAUCUAGGUGAUGAUAGCCUUGAAAUACUGGAUGAUCCAUCUGCAGUUGCCAUGCUGGAGGUUGGUCUACUCUAUGCACAGAGGGAUCCAUCUUUCAUUCGUCCAAUAUCUCGAGGUAUUCAGAGGUGCCUUGUCAGAUGGCUUGUUCAGCAAAGGAUGCAACUGAGCCUUCAAGAAUUUUUACUGUAUUUAUGGCAACGGAUCAUACGUGGGCGAAGCUAUCGCCAUUUGAUGAAAGAGAUAGGCUAUAAAUAGGCUGUAGAGGUAAUAUCUGAAAAAGAAUAUAAGCAAACCAGCCAUCCAUUGUCUUGGUCUCAAAAGUAUUGUUCCCUUCAUUUCUGCUGCCAUUAAAUUGUGUGCUUAUGCAUGGUCUCUCAGACAGAUGCCCGACAGAGGCUUAUUCUUGCAAAGUUAGCUCAACCCAUUUACCAGGAUGGCAUAAGAUACGCAGUGGCAGAACCUGUAGAUUGGUGCUGAGACUGCUAUCCACAUUUUGCCUGAAUGUGGGCAGAGUGAUGCUUUUCAUCAAUGCGGUACAGCAGCAAAAAGCUGCAGGGAUGACAUUGCUUUCAUAAAACAUAUAAGUUUGUGUCAACAUUAUUGAAAUUUCCUCAUAAUUUUGGAAAUGUUCAAUCCUAACUUGUUUCCAAUGAUUUGAUUUUGUUGAUGCUUUAGUGUCAACAUCUUAUGAUAGCGGGGGGACACUUUAACCAUGAAAUUGUAAAAUACUGUUUGGAAAUCAUAUAUUUAUUCGUUGUAUGUUGUCUUAUUAAAGAAUAUGGAGUUCGACGAUUCAGUUAUUAUAAAUGGCACUUCUUGUAGCAUAUUACUUGUGAAAUGGAAAAAAUUUCAAAAUUGAGGAA